AUGACGGCCGAUUUUAGAUUGUCAGAGCGUGAUAACACAAUUGGAAGGACGUCCAAGAAAAUCGCAUGCAGGUACAUCCAGUCUUUGCUCCACAGACGACGAACUGGGGGUACAACUCUUUUCCUUAUCAAGGAUGUCCAAGAAAAUCGCAUGCUGGUACAUCCAGUCUUUGCUCCACAGACGACGAACUGGGGGUACAACUCUUUUCCUUAUCUAGCUUCUCCACAGAAUGUCCAAGAGAAUCACAUGCUGGUACAUCCAGUCUUUGCUCCACAGACGACGAACUGGGGGUACAACUCUUUUCCUUAUCAAGCUUUUCCACAGGAUGUCCAAGAAAAUCGCAUGCAGGUACAUCCAGUCUUUGCUCCACAGACGACGAACUGGGGGUACAACUCUUUUCCUUAUCAAGCCAAUCCUUUUCGAGACUGGCAAUUGGGCAAAUGUAUUGGAGCCGGAGCUUUUGGCAAGCGCGUGGAACAAAAUGUUAACGAUCAGCUUGUUGCCAACAAGCUGAUCGUCAAAGGCCAUUACAGUGACAUUGAAACCCAACAACUGAACACAUUCACAACUUUCCUUGUAGCCCAUCCUUUUCGAGAGUGGACAUUGGGCAAAUGUAUUGGAGCCGGAGCUUUUGGCAAGGUAUAUGAGUGUACUUUUCCAACGGGAGACUAUAAAGGCCUGUGUGCUGUGAAAAUAGUCAAGAUAGAGCCUCAGUAUACUCAAUCGCAAAAGGAGGUGGAACUACUCACAAAUGAAAUCAACAUUUUGAAAGAAAUCAGACACGACCGAGUUGUGGCCUAUUAUGAAAGCGUAGAGAAAGACAAUCAUCUCCAUCUAUUUAUGGAAUUUAUGAGAGGGGGAUCAUUGUAUGAUCGCAUAAAGAAGAAAAAAGUUCUCUCUGAAAAAGAGUCGAGAAAGUACACCAUGCAAAUAUUGGAAGGAGUAUCUUUUCUACAUUCAAAAGAAAUUAUUCAUAGGGACAUCAAAGGAACAAACGUCCUUCUAGAUGAACAUGGAAAUGUUAAACUGGCAGACUUCGGACUAUCGAAAGUAAUUCAGAAAAUUGGGAGCAAAACCGCUCUUGAAUCCUAUUGCGGCACUCCCUACUGGAUGGCACCAGAAAUAUUCUGGGGAGAAGGAUACGGUAGAAAGGUAGACAUUUGGUAA